AUGCGCUUGUCUAGUCUUUUUCUCCUCGCACAUAUUGUUACACUCGCAUUUGCACUUGGUGAAGAUCCUGAAGAUGAUUCAACCGAUGAUGUCUUUGAGCCCACCUAUCCAGCACAAGAAGUCGGACCGAUUUCCUAUGAUUUUUCAGCUGUUGAAUUUGAAGAUACUGAGCCAUUGACUGACGGUGUAGAAUACAUGAAGGACCAGAAUGAAGAAGCGAUUAUGGACCUUAUGAAGGAACGUAUGAAGGCUAUUAGAAAGGCAAGAGAAGCUGGAGAAAAGAGAAGAGAGGCAAUGAGAAGAAAAUAUGCUGCAAGAAGAAAGGAACGUCUGCCAGUCUAUCACAAUUAA